AUGAAGAUCCAGAAGUUGCUUCUUCUACCUACUGUCUCCUCGGCCACAUCGACGGGCUUUCCUACCUGCUUGCUCGGGCGCGGCGGAUGGCAACUGGGUCACGGCAGACUCGAUCUUUCUGCUUUUGCGGCAUACGAAAACAUCAUUGCCUCUUUGGCUUCCCUACUUCACCUGAGAUCCCACUGCUGGAACCAAAACCUGGGUUUACACGACCAGCGUCUCGCUCUCACUUGGGUACAAGAAAUCAUCGCCUCCUUUGACGGCGACCCGUCCAAGGUUACGAUCUGGGGCCAGUCCGCAGGCUCCUUUUCGGUGGACCACCACCUCAAAGCCUACGCCAAUGACACGCUGGUCCCAUUUCGAGCUGCAAUCAUAUUUAGCGGCCAGAUGACGGAGAAUCUAAUCAGCGCCAUGCGAAAGUAUCGCAUCGCUUUCGGAUCACAAUGCGAUAACGUGACGGCCCUCAGCAAGCCGAGUGAUCUCUGGAGAAACGGGAUCGUCGUCAGAGUUCCUCUUCUGACGGGCGCAGUGGAGGAAGAGGGGGGUGGGCUGGUCAAUGACAAAGUCAACAUGACGGCCUUCUUCAAUGCAUAUCUUCCGCCGGCUCUGAUAUCAUCCGAAGACCUCUCCAUUCCAAAUCUCUUCCCUAAAGAGUACGACUGGCUAGGCAAAUUUCACGGCUUGGAGAUUGUUCUUCUCUUCACCGAUCCGGAUACCACACCUUACACCCCUCAGACAUAUGCAGUGUAUGAAUACUUCAGGGGCGUCGUUGCGCGCUUUCUGAAGAAUCCUUCCGCAGGUCCUGGGUGGCCGGCCGUGGGGUCGUCUUAUGCUCCAAUCGACGUCGCGGUUCUGGGGGAUGUGGGUGAUACCUCGAGCGUCAAGACGGUGUUGAAUUCUACGGCCCUGAAUGAGAGGUGCAAGCGUUUCGACAUGAUAUAG